AUGUAUCAAGUCCGAAUCGCUGUAGUCCAUGAAACUAGGCGGAAAUCUCGUCCUAUGAACAGCUUUUGCGUCGAGAUGACGCGUAUGUUCACUGGCCGCGAAAGCGAACCAACUUACAGCAUAUGUUUACGACUCAAGGGAUGGCACCGUAUCCGGGCGGCGCUGGCCGCACAGAAGCCAGCGGGCCGUGCUCUUCCCGUACGAACCCCGCAGCCUCUGCGUUUCCUUCAUCUUCCCCAAGAUCCCGUAGAUAACCACGGUCUCGAUAGCCCCGCAGGCAACGAGCGGGAGACUGCCCCUCCACCAAGCGUACAGGAUCAGCCUGACGACGGAAAGAAUUACUGCCACCCCGAAGAGCAGCAGCAUGACACGGAAGAACGUGAUGUUGGCGAUAUGAAGCGCGAACGCGGAACGCCCACAUUGGGCGCGAUGUUCCUGGUUGGGCGAGAUGCACUGUCCUCGAUGGUGAGACCAGAGGAGGGUGACGAUAUGAUGCACGAUCAUAAUCGAGCAUAA